CUUCUUUCAAUUCCAAGCUAACUGCAUUUAUACAUUUCUCUAACCAAUCCUCAAACGUCUGUAUACGGAUUGUGUUUUGGUUAUAUCAAUUAUUGCUUUUAUUUCCUCACUGUAAGAGACUCCUAGUUCCAUGGUUUUAUGAGAGAACACAUCCAACAUGGUUGUAUCAGAGAUUAAAUCCCCGUUGACGCCAGGAGGUUGUUCAAGCUCUUCAGUGCAUAGGAAGGAGUUGAGUGUGUUCUUCUUGGAAUCAGAUAACAGACGUCUUGCUCUUGGCCGUGGCUAUACUGGUGGCACCACUCCUGUUAACAUCCGUGGCAAACCCAUCGCCAAUCUUUCCAAAACCGGUGGUUGGAUCGCUGCUCUCUUCAUUUUUGGAAAUGAAAUGGCUGAGAGAAUGGCUUACUUUGGACUAUCUGUGAACAUGGUGGCCUUCAUGUUCUACGUGAUGCAUAGACCUUUUGAGAGUUCUUCAAACGCAGUCAACAACUUCCUUGGCAUCUCUCAGGCCUCUUCUGUUCUUGGAGGUUUCUUGGCUGAUGCAUACUUGGGUCGUUACCGGACCAUUGCCAUUUUCACUACCAUGUAUCUUCUGGGGCUGAUAGGAAUAACACUGGGGGCAAGUUUCAAGAUGUUUGUACCAGACCAAAGCAACUGUGACCAAUUAUCACUGCUCUUAGGAAACUGCCAACCAGCAAAAUCUUGGCAGAUGCUUUACCUCUACACGGUUCUUUACAUAACCGGAUUCGGUGCAGCUGGUAUUAGACCAUGUGUUUCCUCAUUUGGUGCGGACCAGUUUGAUGAGAAGAGCAAAGAGUAUAAAACACAUUUAGACCGGUUCUUCAACUUCUUCUACUUGUCUGUCACUCUAGGUGCAAUCAUUGCCUUCACUUUGGUAGUGUAUGUUCAGAUGGAACAUGGUUGGGGUAUGGCUUUUGGCACACUGGCUAUAGCUAUGGCCAUUUCUAAUGCUUUGUUCUUUGCUGGCACACCGCUUUAUCGGCAUAGGUUGCCUGGUGGUAGUCCCUUGACAAGGGUUGCUCAGGUACUAGUUGCAGCUUUUCGCAAACGAGGUGCAGCUUUUACAAGCAGCGAGUUUAUCGGUCUGUACGAGGUUCCAGGCUUGAAGUCUGCUAUAAAUGGUAGUCGUAAGAUCCCUCACACAGGCGAUUUCAGAUGGCUAGACAAGGCGGCGCUUCAGUUGAAAGAAGAUGGAUUGGAGCCGUCUCCAUGGAUGCUAUGCACAGUAACACAAGUGGAGGAAGUGAAGAUUUUGAUAAGACUGAUUCCAAUCCCAGCAUGUACUGUAAUGCUGAGUUUGGUUCUUACAGAGUAUCUAACACUCUCAGUGCAACAAGCUUAUACACUCAACACACACAUUCAACACCUCAAGCUACCUGUGACAUGCAUGCCUGUCUUCCCAGGACUCAGCAUUUUCCUCAUUCUCUCUCUUUAUUACUCUGUCUUCGUCCCUAUCACCAGAAGAAUCACUGGCAAUCCCCAUGGUGCUUCCCAGCUUCAAAGGGUGGGGAUAGGGCUAGCAGUUUCAAUCAUAUCAGUAGCUUGGGCUGGACUAUUCGAGAACUACAGGAGACAUUACGCGAUACAACAUGGCUUCCAGUUCAGCUUCUUGACCCAAAUGCCUGAUCUAACAGCAUACUGGUUGUUAAUCCAGUACUGUCUCAUCGGUAUAGCAGAGGUUUUCUGCAUCGUAGGGCUAUUGGAGUUUCUCUACGAGGAAGCACCUGAUGCUAUGAAGAGUAUAGGUUCGGCUUACGCUGCGCUAGCCGGCGGGUUAGGGUGUUUUGCUGCCACCAUCUUGAACAACAUCGUCAAGGCAGCGACUAGGAAUUCAGAUGGAAACUCGUGGUUGUCGCAGAACAUAAACACAGGGAGAUUCGACUGUUUGUAUUGGCUCCUCACGCUUCUAAGCCUUUUGAACUUCUGUGUUUUCCUUUGGUCAGCUCAUAGGUACAAGUACAGAGCUGUUGAAACAGAGGAAGAUAAGAGUAGAGCAUAUCUUUAAAGACACCAACUAUGUGUUCUGUUCUGUUCUGUUCCUAAGAUAUGUUGUUUGUAAGAAAACCAUAAGAGUUAAGUCAUGUAAACGUAUCUCUGCAAUUUUUCAA